GUGUGGAAGUCGCAUGUACAAUCGAGCAGGGAUGGGCAGUCGAGCGGCGGAUCGCGCGCACUUGUACAACCGACAGCAGAACCCAACCUCAAGCGUCAAUGCGGAGCAAACACAUCGCCUCAUGGAAGACCAGAACGACGAGAAGAUUGAUCAACUGUCGAUUCAGAUUAGUGCGCUGAAGAAAAUGACACACGAUAUCAACAAUGCUGUGAAGGAGGACAACAAGUUCUUGGACGGCGUGGGCCGCGACUUCGACAACACCAACUCCCUUAUGGGCGGCACAUUGAAAAAGCUCGGCAACAUGAUGGAGACAGGCGGGGGCAAGCACAUGUGGUUGCUCGUUGGUUUUGUCAUCGUUGUGUUUAUUCUGCUCUACUUCUUAAUGACCGGCAAAUAUUAAUAGUAACUCGUAGCAUUUACUUGCUCACACA